UCAGAGUAGAAACUUCUUGACAGAGAUGGAAAAUAUCCAAGCGAAUGUGGAACUGAAGUCAAUAACAGAAAGUUCAGGAAAGUACACUAUUGUGUCUGGGACAGAAAAGGAAAGGAGUCCAGCUGGAGGGCUCUGCACUCAGCCUGUGGGAGUGAUUCAGAGUCGUGCUGGGAGAGCCUUUCAUUCCAGAAGAUCAUCAGUGAUUUUCCUCUGUCUCUGGAUUGUCACCCUGCUGAUUCUCAUCGCUGGACUGGGCUUCUACUUUUGGCAGAGAUCAAUACAUGUGAAAACAUUAAAAGAGCUUCAAGAAUCACACAACAAACUGGAACAAAAGAGGCAGCAGUUGGAGAGCGGUACUGAGCAGGAACGACAGAGAUUCCUGGAAGACAGAAACAAGCAGCUGGAAAUGAAGCAGAAGGAACUGGAUGAGAAAAAUAAUGAAGUCUCUAAACUUAUCCAGCAGAGAACAGACCUGCAGAGUGAGUUGAAGGGUGUUCAGAGUCAGACCUCAACCCAAAUCUCUGGGUUGAAGAAGCAACUGGAGGACAAGAACAAGGAACUGCAGAACAAAAUCGAACUUCUACAGGAUCAGGACACUCGGCUGAGAAAAACGACCCAGCAACUAGAGGACAAAGAGAGACAACUUCUGGAUAAGAUCAAACAGCUGGAAGGCAAGAACACUGAGAACUCCAAACUGGUCCAACAGAGAACUGACCUGCAGAAUGAGCUGAAGGCGCUUGAGAGCAGGAGCUCAACGCAGAUCUCUGGGUUGCAGAAACAACUGGAGGACAACAACAAGGAACUGCAGAACAAAAUCAAACUUCUACAGGAUCAGGACACUCGGCUGAGAAAAACGACACAGCAACUAGAGGACAAAGAGAGACAACUUCUGGAUAAGAUCAAACAACUGGAAGGCAAGAACACUGAGAACUCCAAACUGGUCCAACAGAGAACUGACCUGCAGAAUGAGCUGAAGGCGCUUGAGAGCAGGAGCUCAACGCAGAUCUCUGGGUUGCAGAAACAACUGGAGGACAAUAACAAGGAACUGCAGAACAAAAUCAAACUUCUACAGGAUCAGGACACUCGGCUGAGAAAAACGACCCAGCAACUAGAGGACAAAGAGAGACAACUUCUGGAUAAGAUCAAACAACUGGAAGGCAAGAACACUGAGAACUCCAAACUGGUCCAACAGAGAACUGACCUGCAGAAUGAGCUGAAGGCGCUUGAGAGCAGGAGCUCAACGCAGAUCUCUGGGUUGCAGAAACAACUGGAGGACAACAACAAGGAACUGCAGAACAAAAUCAAACUUCUACAGGAUCAGGACACUCGGCUGAGAAAAACGACCCAGCAACUAGAGGACAAAGAGAGACAACUUCUGGAUAAGAUCAAACAGCUGGAAGGCAAGAACACUGAGAACUCCAAACUGGUCCAACAGAGAACUGACCUGCAGAAUGAGCUGAAGGCGCUUGAGAGCAGGAGCUCAACGCAGAUCUCUGGGUUGCAGAAACAACUGGAGGACAACAACAAGGAACUGCAGAACAAAAUCAAACUUCUACAGGAUCAGGACACUCGGCUGAGAAAAACGACCCAGCAACUAGAGGACAAAGAGAGACAACUUCUGGAUAAGAUCAAACAGCUGGAAGGCAAGAACACUGAGAACUCCAAACUGGUCCAACAGAGAACUGACCUGCAGAAUGAGCUGAAGGCGCUUGAGAGCAGGAGCUCAACGCAGAUCUCUGGGUUGCAGAAGCAACUGGAGGAUAAGAACAAGGAACUGCAGGACAAAAUCAAACUCCUACAGGAUCAGGGCACUCAGCAGAGAAAAAUGACCCAACAACUACAAGACAAAGAGAGUCAACUUCUGGAAAAGGUCAAACAGCUGGAAGGGAAGAACACUGAGAAUUCCAAACUGGCUGAAGAAAAUGCUCACCUGCAGAAAUCUCUGAAGGAGGUGCUGACUUCUGGCAAAAGAGUUCUGUUAGAGACUUCAAGAAAAGAAGGUGUUAUUUUACCAUUAGUGUGGAAGUGGAUUCGUGAAGCAGCAGUUGAUGUGACUCUGGACCUCAACACAGCACAUGGAAACUUGAUUGUUUCUCAAGACAGAAAAGAAGUAAGAUACACAGAAACCCCACAGAAUCGUCCCAAGAAACCAGAGAGUUUUGACAAUUGGUACAGUGUCCUGGGAAAAGAGAGCUUCUCUUCAGGAAGAUUCUACUAUGAGGUCCAAGUUUCACAAAAAGCAUGCUAUGUAGUCGGUGUUGUCAAACAGUCCAUAAACAGAAAGGAGAGCAUAACACCAAACACUGCAAAAGGUUUCUGGACUGUGACGUUCAAGGACAAAACUUACACUGCUGCGGGGGACCCCCCCAUCUCUAUCAAUGUUAGAGAGAACCCCCAGAAGGUGGGGGUGUAUGUGGACUAUGAGGAGGGUCAGGUUUCCUUCUACAAUGUGGAGACCAGGUCUCACAUCUACACGUUUACAGGUUACAGUUUCACUGAGAAAAUGUAUCCAGCCUUAAACCCUUGUAGUGGUACACCUUCAGUACCUCUCAUCAUAACUCCUGUUUCUGUCUGACAAAAACUGAACUAAACUGUUGGAAUGUCAAGUUGUAAUGAACUUAACUGCAGCUGAUGUCAGAGUUCAUUUAAAAUGAAUGAUUCCAAAGUGAAAGUAAAAGUAAAAUUAUAAAAUUCUACUUAACCCUGCAUUUUUUUAAAUUUCUCAAAUGGUCUAAUCACUUGUAAGUGUUGGACAAGAGUCAGACACGGACGCGUGUUGCUGUAGCAUCCGAACACGGACGAAAAGUAUGACCCCAUGUGCAGAGUGUAUUUGUAAGUACACAG